UUUCUUGGACACUUUAAUUUGAUUCGCGUCAUUUUCCGAUGAACCGAUGAACCGGUUUAGUUAAUUACAUCGACAAUCAACUUGUAUUUUAACAAAUGUAAUCAUGCUCAGUUUAAAUGAUCAGAAACCUAAUUGUUGGUAUAAAAACACUUUGGCUGAUCAUUGAUUUUUCAUUAGUAAAUUGUUCAUUAAGAGCUGUAAUUUCAGCUCAACUUAAUCGACCGAAAUUUUAAUCACUUCACUUGAUUCAUCUUUAGCAAUUAAAUUGUUUUCUAUCUGUUUAAUAUAAUAGUUUUACUAGAUUGAUGCUGAUUAUGGGUCAACGUUUAUAUUAAGUUAAUCUAAAGUUAAUUAUAAUUUAAAAUCAAAAUGAUACAAUUAAGUCGGAAUGGAUCAAAUCUCUGGCUUUUGUUGAUUGUAUCUCAAUGUUUCCUGUUACAAUUUCAAGCGGUUGACUCAACAAAUGGUGUAUCGAGUGAUGGUUGUAUUUGGACUGGUUGUCAAGAUGAAGAUGCUGAUGAUGCGAUCGACUGUUCAACCUCGAACAUGUUUCAGAUCGAAACCAGGGAUUGCGGUGAAGAUGGUACAAACUACCAUUGUUGUCCCGCUUCGAUGUCACCUAAGGAUACCGAUACAGACAUAGAUAUGGAUAAAGAUUCUGACAAAGAUACAGAUACAGAUAAAGACACUGACGAAGAUGCAGAAAUGACCGAAACGGCAACAAAAGCUACUAAGCCAAUGGUCACGUCUACAGUUCAACCACCACCUCAGUCUACAAUGAAACCUACAGCUCAACCAAUAGUAAGUGCAAAUGAACCAACAAAAGCUCCUAAGUCAGAGCCAAUGGUCACAUCUACCGCUCCCCCGACCCCUCAACCAACAUCUCAACCCACAGCUCAGCCCAUGUCGAGAUCCAGAUCAGGAGCAUUCAAGCCAGUUUCAAAAUCCUCAGUUGCUCGGACAUCAAAUAAUCCAUCAACCGCUGGUACUGACCAAAGUGUCGCAAUGAAAUCAGUUGAAAAUGAUUCGGGUUGUUGGUGGACAGGGUGUCAGAAAAACGACUGGGCUGUGGUCGGUUGUGGUCAGUAUAACAUGACCGAAAAGUCCAAUCGCAACUGUCAAGACGGCAAAGAAUACAAUUGCUGUCCGAGGUCAUCCAAUUCAAUAAGUAAGUUUAAUUAGAUCAAUUAAUGACGA